GGGGGUCUUCCAUCUCUUCUCUGUGUCUUUCAUUCUCAACUGUUUUGGAGCAGCCUCUUUGAUGAGGCCUUCUCGCCAGGGUAGGCUCAUCUUGGUGCACCCUUGGCAAGCUAUUGUCCCAAUCUGGCUCUUGUUCUUGCUUUCUCACAUCCAUGGAAGGACAAGAGGAGGUGCCACAGUUGCCUGCACAGAGCUCAGCACUAAGGGAGUGCCAAGGAGCCACCCCCUCCCUCCACCUGCUCCCAGCUCCAAGUGGCGGGGGAGGAGGGGAAAGACACAGCAGGGCUGCCUACACCUCGGAUCCAGCCCAGGGUCAGAAGCCACAGGUGCUCAAGGGCUUCAGGGAUGGGAGCCCUGGGGCCAGCCAGGCAGGCAGGCUCCUUCGGCCUGUCCUCAGACCUUGUCACAAGAGGCUGGAGUCCUCUCCAGGCAGUCCGGCUUCUCCGGUCCACUCCUGCUUCCUGCUCUUCCCCUCCCCUAGGGGGUGGUUCCAGAGCACUUGAAACCCCUGUACCCAUCUGAGAGUCUGUCCCGGGAAUCUACCCUGGCAUACUUCUCAUGGGAUCUUCUUUGUUGUGUGCCAACCGGCCUGUCGGCUGCUUUGCUUUCCUCUUUAUCCCCGAGCUCAGGAAAAGGCUCCAUGGCUUGGGAGGCUAUACACCUGCUGCUACCUGGCCUGCUGAUGCUCCAGGCCUCAGGUUCCUGGGGACAGAUCCCAGAGAUCCUGCAGAAACUGGAGGGCGAGGCCAUCUCUGUGACAUGCUACUACUCGGCUGAGCAGCACACGAAGCUGAAAACCUGGUGUAGGCAAACAGGGACCAACCUCUGCACCUUGCUGGUGGACAGUUCCCAGAGCUGGGCACAAGACCCCCGGUGCUCCCUACAGGAUGACCACCACUCUGCCCACUUCAUCGUCACCAUGAAGAGGCUCACAGUGAUGGACUCUGGUCUCUACUGGUGUGGUGUCUAUGAGUCUUCUGGAGUAUUCCCUCUCAGAACCAUCCAGCUCAUGGUGUCUCAAGCUCCCGUCCCAUCCUCCACCAGGAAUGCCUGGAAGACCAUAGCCCUGGCUUCUACCAGCAGCCCUGUCAAUGCCAGGCCCCCUGACAGUGGGAAGUCUGUGCUGUCGGGUGUGGUGGUGACCGUCCUGCUGCUGCUGCUGGCUCUCCUUGUGGUCCUGGGUCUCAGAAAAAAGCAGAAAAGAACCAGGAAAGGUAAAGAUGGAGCCCUGGAUGUCUGCAGCCUUUCAGUGCUGAAGGAGCCCACCGGUGCUGAUCAGCAGCCGACCUAUGAGGAGGAGCUCACAGAAGCCAUCCACUACGCCUCACUCACUCACUUAAGCCCUGAGGAUCCCCUCUAUGCCAACAUCUACUGCACCAUGAAGCCCGCCCGAGACCUCAUCCUGUCUGUGGAAUACACCAGUGUGAAGAGGAGCAAAUCUCCAGGUCCCCAGACCCGCUGCCUGAGACCAAGUGCCUGGGAAUCACAGGCAGAAUUUCCUGACCAGUGACUGAAUGCCUGCCACCUGCUCAGGAGGUGCUAAGCUCAUUUGCCAGCCUUGGAGUGCCUUCUAGUGGCAAAGACUGCUACAAAUGAUGAGGGAGCAGAGGGCUGAGCAGCAAAGCCAAGCAGAGUCCUAACUAGGCAAGGACUGGAGCCUGGGGCCACGGCUGUGAUGGGCAGACUUUGCAGUGGUGGGGUGGGGGGUUGUGAUUUUCUGGACACCUGCUCCGUCCCCUUCCUUCCAGGGCCAAGAAGAAGGGAGUGCUACUGGAACUGAAUCCAACCGGAUGGCGGGGUCUGGGACCCAGUGCUUCUGAGUAACCCAGCACUGAGACUGUCACUUCCUUCCUGACCCAAGGCUGUGAAAUCCUGAGGGAUUGUGCAAGUUCCUCUAUCACAGCCUCUCUUUGAGAAGCCCCAACCCUAGCCGUCCUUGUGAGACGUCCAAACUAGGCUGAGAUAUGCUGCCCAUUCCUGCUCCUUCUGCGUCUCCU